UGGCAAAAUCAAAAGGUCAAAGUCAAGGUCUGUUUGCAGACGAUACGUAUGGCGGAGGCCGGCGCGCUGUCGGGCGCAUGGCGGGGGCGCCCAUGCUAUGCAGGGAAUGCGAGAGCUUCUCUUCGCAGGAUGAAGGGGAACGGCGGGGCCCUUCUGAACCUAAACAAAAUAACUGGUGGGACGUGGAAGCCCCAGAGAGAGAGAUUUAAUGUUUUGAGGAUAAUGGGGAACAGGUUGGAUCAGCUUGCUGGGUUAAUAUUGCGCGACCGCCAGCUGCGUCCACAUGAUCGGCGCAGUUCAGAGUUCGGACUCCGUCUGGGUGGGUGGCUAACCGAGCGAAUGUAUGUCAAAAUAUAUAACUCCAGAAAUCAAACAAUGUGCUUUUAACAUGUCCUGUGCCAUCGUACUGCGAAUGCAAGCGAGUGUCACUACUGCCCUAUUGUCAGGACGUUUGCGUAACGUGCAUAGACUCUGUUGUGAAAUACUGACCUAUUCAAUUAUGUACACAAAUACAAUGUUUAUGAAUUUGACAUAACUUAUUUUACAUAACAUGCUUUUACCUGUGCAUUUUAAACACGUUCACAGCAUUGGCUGUUCACUGGGCUCGGAAUGGUGCAUUUUAGCACAGUCAGUAUUUAUACUGGGGUGGUUGUACAUAUAUGAGACAUAUAUGUACAAGAGAUCUGCCUUUCUAUGUCCAUUUCCUUAUUAACGUUCUCUGAUAACUUUCAAGAUUAUAUGGAUGAAUAUAUGGUCACUGUGGAUGCAACUCCUGUAGAGCUUUGUAUAUUUCUAUUUCAUGCAAACGCAUGCUUCUUUCAUCCCAUGAUACAAAUGUACAUACAAGUACUUUAAUACAACUUUUUUAUUUUAAGGGUUAAAUUCUGGCAAAUUAUCAUGAAUGUGCAAGAAAGAUCAUCGAUCAUUUUCACAGAAUGAAAUUAGAAAUUAAGAAUUUAAAAUUAAAAUCAGGCCGAAUUACCGUAUAUGCUGUCAUAUUUUGGAGUAACGGGAACCUUGGCAACCACAAUUUUCGCUCCAUAUUCGAAAAUUCUCUGAUUUCUCAAUUGUGUUAUUUUCCAUUUAAAAUUCACUCAUAUUGGAAGAAACCAAUUGUUUUAUGUAAUAUUGAGCUUGGAAGAAAUUCUUCGUAAGAGAUCUGUUUUGUAGAAUAAAACUAAAUGAUCAUCUCAAAACAUUACACGCGGGAUGGCACCUGAACGAAGACUGGCGUGACUGGGCUGUCUGACGUCAUCAUCAUGGGAAAAUUAGUCCAAGUGUAAAAACAAGGGAAAUGACUCUUGAGACAUUCACGCAUGUGAUUCCGCAAACGAAGGGUUAAAACAUGUUACAACGCUAUAGGAACGAGUCCCUCCCGUUCCUGCCCAAUUUCUCGUCUUAUGUUUAUAAGUCUCAAAUCCUGUCAGGUACUCAUAGGCAAUUCAUAACUGUCAACGUGUUCAUAAUUGGUUUUGGUUGGUCGGAGAGGAGCUGUCGGUAUAGUUAUUCGAAGUUUAGAGUAAAGUAAUAGAGGUAUAAAUAUCGCUCUUAAUCUAACAUUCAGUGCAUUCAGUACCCAUCGAACUGAAGGAGUUAUACCAACACUCCAAGCUUACAGGAGUGCCUCUCGCUUAAUUUGGCUAUUAUUUUGCACUCCAGAAACAUUUGUCGACCGAGUGUGUAGUGGAUUUUUUUUUUCGACAUUUUUCUUUCCCGUUUUACGCGGUAUCGUCGAUAUAGCCCUGGAGAUGUGGUGGAUGCUUUUCCCGCGGUGGAUAUGGUUCUUAGCUGGACAGUGCUUUGUCUUGCUUCCAGACAGUGGGGUAAAGGCCAUGUCCCUUACAAAAGUUGUGUACUCUCACGCGGGCAUGUGUCCGAACGACAUGAAUCCGAACCUAUGGGUGGAUGCCAUGAGCACCUGUUUGCGAGAGUGCGAGUCUGACCAGGACUGCGAGACGUUUGAGAAGUGCUGCCCCAAUGUCUGUGGGAACAAGAGCUGCGUGGCGGCGCGCUACGUGGACGUGAAGGGCAAGAAGGGCCCGGUGGGGAUGCCGAAGGGGGCCACCUGCGACAAGUUCAUGUGCACGCAGCAGGGCUCCGAGUGCGACAUCUGGGACGGCCAGCCCGUGUGCAAGUGCCGGGACCGGUGCGAACGCGAGCCCCACUUCACCUGCGCCUCCGACGGCAUGACGUACUACAACCUCUGCUACAUGGACGCCGAGGCCUGCUCCAAGGGCAUCUCCCUCACCGUGGUCACCUGCAGGUACCACCACACCUGGCCCCACACCAGCCCCGUUCCUCCGGAGACCACCGUCCACCCCACCACCGCCCUCCUGGAGACCACGCCCCUGGACGCCCUCCCUCCCACGGUGGCCGGAAGCCCCGCCCACCAGUCGGUGCUGGUGGGCGAAACGGCCAGCUUCCUGUGCGAGGUGACAGGGAGGCCGGCUCCCGAGAUCACCUGGGAGAAGCAGGUGGAGGGACAGGAGAACACGGUCAUGCGGCCCAACCAUGUGCGCGGGAACGUCGUGGUCACCAACAUGGCUCAGCUGGUCAUCUACAACGCUCAGCCACAGGACGCCGGUAUCUACACCUGCACCGCCAGAAACUCCCGUGGCACCGCCCAGGCCCACUUCCCGCUGUCCGUGGUCAAGCAGGAGCCGAUCAAAGGAGAAGACCUCACCAACUCCACCGGCUUCCCGUCCGACGAGUGCCUGAAGCCGCCGGAUAGCCAGAACUGCGGGGUGGAGAACACCAGCUGGUACUACGAGGCCAAGAAGAACAACUGCUUCACCUUCAGCUAUGGCAACUGCGACGGCAACCGCAACCACUUCCACACCUAUGAGGCCUGCAUGCGUGCUUGUGGCCUGGAGGUGGGCGGGGCCUGCAGCCUGCCCAGCCUGCAGGGCCCGUGCAAGGCGUACGAGCCCCGCUGGGCCUAUAGCCUCGCCCUGCGCGCCUGCCAGUCCUUCAUCUACGGCGGCUGCGGCGGCAACGAUAACAACUUCGAGAGCAAGGAGGCCUGCGAGGAGAGCUGCCCCUUCCCGCGGAGCCAGGACUGCAAGGCCUGCAAGCCACGGCAGAAGAUGGUCAACAGCUUCUGCAAGAGCGACUUUGUCAUCCUGGGCCGCAUGACGGAGCUCACGGAGGACCAGGACUCGGGCCACGCCCUGGUCACCGUGGAGGAGAUCCUGAAGGACGAGAAGAUGGGCCUCAAGUUCUUCGGCCAGGAGCCCCUGGAGGUCACCCUGCUGAACAUGGACUGGAACUGCCCUUGCCCCAAUGUCACCAGCACCGGCAGCCAGAUGAUCAUCAUGGGCGACGUCCACAAUGGCAUGGCCGUCCUGCAGCCCGACAGCUACGUGGGCGUGUCCAGCGCCCGCCGCCUACGCAAACUCCGCGAGGUCGUCCACAAGAAGACCUGCGACCUCCUCAAAGAAUUUCCCAGCAUGCAGUAGCCCUGCCUCCCGCAACCACCUGAAAGGGUUUGCCAGCAUUCCCAGCAUAGUGGUUGAAUUUGAAAAAAGUAGUUUUAAAACUAGUUAUAUGUAUAUCUUAUAUAUUCUUUCAUUUUCUGAAAGAGGUAUCAGCUUUCCUAGUCCUCAAUUAAAAUGAACGAAAAAACAAUUUAUGAAGAAUAUGCAACAUUUAGCGGUCAUAGGCCCUGUCCGGAGGGGAUUAGUAUUGCAGGACAACUUGGUAAUGUAUUUUUUUUGUCUCUGCACAUCAGUGAUUUCAAUGGGCGAUCUGCACAGAAAAAGCCUUUCCCCUUAUUACUCCCUGAGAUUACUGAGGGGCAUCUGUUUGGCUGUUCCUGGAUGUGUUCGUCACACAUUCCCGCCUACCAGGAAAAAAAAAAAAAACACAACACAGCGCACGUGUAACGUUAUGCAACUAAAAGAAAAACAGAAGUUAAUAUUAAUAUUUAAUAUUUGUAAGACAUGCCAAAAAAUACAUGAAAAAUAUAUAUAAGCAAAAUAUAUUAAAUGCAAAGCCGGAAAUGGAAAGUAUUAUAAAAUUUUACCACCCAAAGUAGUUGUAAUUUGCAUCAAAUACUGACACGUUGAUCCAGAUGGUGAAUUAUCAGGGGGCCUCUUUAAAAAAAUAAAAAAAGGAAUUAUUUUUUGUGUGCCUGGUCGUUCAGGGCGUGAAUAAAAUCAUGGAAUUACGCAGGCAAAAAUUACUUUACCUGACUUCCCCUAGUGAAACUAACCCCUUCCGAACAGUGCUAUAUUCCAUUCAGUAUAUUUUAUAAUCUGUGGUUCUUGAUUUUUUUUUUGUUUCCACGACAAACAAUAGGUAUGCAAAGCAAUAGAACAACAACAAUCAAUGAUUUGUUAAUAAUAAGCAAUUGUACUGCAAAUUGUAUUAGAAUAUAGGCAUAAGUAGUUGUAGCUCACAGUGAAUUUUGUCAUUCAAAUAUAUAAACAGGUAAGUGAUACAACCCAUAAGAACCAAUACCAUCAACUACAAUCAAGAUUUUCUCAUAACUAUGUCUUUUUUUGUGAUAGUGGAGUAUAUUUUUUCUGUAUUAAUGUACACAUGUAUAGCAAAUAAGAAAAUGUGAUUAUUUCCCCAAUUUUCUGAAAUCAGCCCCUGCUCUACUUCAGCACCUAAGAAUGAUGAAAACAUGAAUUUGAUGGCAGAAACUAUCAAAUGGUGUUUUCAGGGGUGCAGACAGUAUCCCCUGAAGUUUAUUCUCUUGUCAUGUUGGCUCAUUGGUACAUUAUUAAUGGAGUGUGCCAGGAAAAGCCUGGCUUUAUGAACGUUUGUACGUGAUUGGCUGCACAGUCUCUUACAUUCCAUUCCCUAGGUUGUCGACGCAAAUGAGAACUACAUUCUCCGUUAUUUAACAUUACCUGGUUAAAUAAGGGAUUUAAUUCUCAGUCUACCUGGUUAAAUCAAGGUGAGAUAAUUAAAUUCUCAGUUAGACUACCAGGUUAAAAAAAGUUCUGUUUUUUUUUUAAACUCCGAACUUUCCCACUACAAAGCAUGAAGGUUUCAGUCAUGUUCUGCUGUUCAGCAAUGGGACAGACAGGGGUGUGUAUUGUACAAAAUAUGUCGGCUGUAACUCAUUAUCAUGUGAAAGCUGGGCCUAGCCUCUGUCCGACUGAACAGUAUGUUUUGUAGAGCAGAGUUUGCUUUCAUAGGAUGUCAUCUGGGCGAGCAGGAGGGGGUCACAUAACAUUUUCAACAUUGAAACCAUAAAGCAAUUCUAAUCCACCCUCUCUUCAUUCAUCAAACUGGCUCCAGGUUAUAGCACAAAGUGCAUUUUCCACUGAGUUGCAAAAUUAUAACUUAAAAUUACUAAAUUAUAACAGCAUGUAGACCAUUAAUUAUACCAUUUGGUUUGUUAAAAAGGAAAAAACAGGUUUGAUCUUGUGAAUGAAUAUAUCUUAGUUUAUCUUAAACUGAUCUGUGAACUAUUUUCAUUACCAUUUUCUUUGCAUAUGUGAAAUGGCCUGCUGUUUUUCAGGUUCCAUUUUAAACCUGUUGUUGCACCUUGGCAUUGAUGAUAUCGGUUGCUAAAGUGUAACUGUGGUCACCAUGGAGAUGAAAUGCAGUAUCCAUAAUGUAAUAUAUUCCAAAUCAGUGUUACCAAGUGUACUUAAAAUAUAAUUCCUUCCCGGAAAAUGCAGUUAUUUGAGACCAUAAGAAUCAAAUGGAAGGACCUGAUCAUUCUAUUAUAAAUGAAAUGCAUCUCUAUUUUUAUCUACCCCUGGAAUUACAUUUUUAUAUUUAUUGUAUUUUUCUCUCCUUCUUGCUGCUGUAAGUUGAAUAAAGAAAUCCUGAAUGUG